AUGGGCCUACCGGAAUUAAUCGAGAAAGUUCUUGACAUCUGCUUCUGGAACAUCUACUUGGCUCUAGAAUGUACCAAUUCAGGGGAGACCCCUGCAUUUGCUAACACUCGAAUAGACUGGAAGGAAACUCCAGAAGCUCACUUGUUCAAGGCUGAUCUUCCAGGGCUUAAGAAGGAGGAAGUGAAAGUGGAGAUCAAAGAGGAUAGGGUUCUUCAAAUUAGCAGAGAGAGGAAGGUAGAGAAAGAAGAUAAGAACGAUACUUGGCAUUGUGUGGAGCAAAGCAAUGAAUUCAUGAGAAGGUUUAGACUUCCGGAGAAUGCAAAGAUGGAUCAAGUUAAGGCUUUUAUGGAGAAUAGAGUGCUUAGUGUAACUGUUCCAAAGGAAGAGGUAAAGAAACCUAUGGUCAAGUCCAUUGAGAUCUCUGGUUAAGUGCUUUGGCUGGGAAUAAACUUGUAGUAUUAAGUAAAGCCUGUACAGUUGAAGAUUUUCAGUUUUUUUUUAUUUCUGGCUGUGUCUUAUGCUGGGUCAUUUUCCUAGUUGGUUAUGAACUGUUAACUGUUUUAUGUAUUUCCCUUGAGUACUCUAUAUGAUAUGCCAUUGAAUUUCCUGUAAUAUUUUGAUUUUAAAAAAUGAUCAAAUUUAUCUGUGUAACUAAGUUUGUCUAGAAUCAGUGUUUUGAUCAAUAUUUUGAUUUCAAGUGUAUUCUUUAAUUGAUUUUUCUCCAGUUAAUAUUUGUCUCUUUUCUGAGAGCAUGAAUGUAUAUUUUGAUGUAGAUUGUGUUUAUUUCUUCCUUCUUAUUUUAUGAAUUUUGAAGUGAAUCGUGAAGUAACUUCAUAAAUGAUAUAUUGUAAACCUUUCCAUUUCGU